GGACAGUGUAACUGGUUUAUUGGCAGAUCUUUGCCCCUUCAUUUCCACAGCAGGCAAUCAGAUCACUUGUUCCAAACACUGAGCUGCCAGCAGAAAGAGACGCCAUGUUCAGGAUUUCUCUAAUCGUCUGUUUCUCGCUGAUUUUUGGCAUCACAGCAAAGCCCUGGAAUAAACUUCCAGAUGAAGCCAUUCAGAAAGCUGUCAUGUCCGUAGAUCAAGAUGGAAAGCCAUCCUGGGCAGUGGAAGUUGAGCCUCCAGAGGACAUCGACCCCUCCAUGAAGAUCUGGAAGAAUAUGAGAGGCACCGGACAGGACAAAAAAUAUCUGAAGGCUGAGGAAGACUUGGAUGAGCUGUACCAUCCCUCACUGGAUGAUCUCCCCCAAGGUCGAAUUCAAAACGUGGAUGUCCUCCCUCUUGAUGAGCCCAUGGAGAAAUAUGACAUGAAGAAAGCAGAGGAUGAUAAAGAUUAUAUUGAAGUGGCUUCAGAAGAAUCUGAGCAGGACUGGGAUGAAUUCAAAGCAAGGGAGGAGCUGGCUGAGUAUCUGGCCCCACUAGCAGCUAAAGACAGCGAUGAUCCAAAGACCCGUGAUGCACUCAAUGAACCGGAGAAGGAUGAGAACGACCUGCAUCACCAUGACAUCCAGGUGGAGCCGCUGAGACGUCAGAUGACGGUUAAAAGCAAGGCCAGAAUUCACCUUGAGCCUGAGGAGGACAGGGAUGAUCUGUACCACAAAGAUCCAGUAAAGGAUAUCUUUUACCAGGAUAACAUUAGAGCUGCCUAUCCUGUCAAUUUUCCAUCUCAGAAGAAGCACACUGAGCCAGAGGAAGAUCUGGAUGCGAUCUACCAUCGAUGAUCCUCCCAACAACUCAGCUCUUGAUAUCGUCAGUGCAUGU